CAUCAAAAAAAUCAGUAAAGUUACAUAAAUGCUUUGUAUGAAGUGGCAGAUAAAAACACCAGAUGCAGGUAUAAUGAAGGAAUGGCAGGAUGCAAAAGAAGAACGGAGGGAGAAAUUAUUUGAUGAAUAUAGAGCUAGAAAACACUUACUGGAAACGUUUGCAGAUGCUGUUUAUGAAAUGAACAGGAAAAGCACUGCAGCUAUGAGCAAAGGAAGCACAGUUCCUUCAGAAACUCAACUAACUGCACCAGCAGAGAAUACAGCAAAAUCUACAGGAAGUCGUACAGUAUCCUGGAACCCACUUAAUGAACCAUCCCCAUUUGAUGAUGCAACAUCAGAAACUAUUGAAGAUGUAAUUGAAGAACUUGCUACAGCAGAAUUACCAGAACCUAUAUUGGAGCAUAAUUGGGAAUCAAAAUCAGAUGCAAAAACACGAAUUUUAGGCCAGAUUUCUGAAUGGUUUGAACUAGACAGUUCUGACAUUGAAAAAUUGCAGGUUAGUACUGUGAAUAACUAUUCCUUGAUAUGA